AUAGAUGACAGAAUGGCGUUGGUGCCAAUUUACGAUCAGCGGCUGUCGGAAAAAGGCACCGAAACGAAACGACUCUAACAAACUAUUUUUGCACAAACGUUUGGAGUACAGAAUGACAUCUUUCAUCUAUAUCAAUUAUAUUACAGUGACAUUCAUCAUCGCUGCAUCAUUGGCAGGAAUUGCAGAGGCGAGAAAUGGGCUAUGUCCGAACCCGUCAACGGGUGAAAACAGACGGUACAAUGUUGCAACAGAGGUGUGCUGUGGUGGCAACAUAUACCAAGUAGGAAGGGGUAAUCGUCCCCUUUGCUGUGGUGACAGAAUUUACAACCCUAAAGAUGCGAUCUGUUGUGGAGGCGAGGUGAAGGGGAAAUCAGAGGGCGAACGAUGCUGUGGUUUUACACAGUGGUACAACCCAGAUACCUCGAUCUGCUGUGGUUUUCACAUCCAUUCUAACACAAACGGUCAAUUAGAUUGCUGCGGGUCAGCAACAUACAAUACACACGAGGAGUCAUGCUGUCCAGUAGAAGAAGAUGGAGAUAUAACCAUGGCAACCCUUUCUGGCGUCGGUCAGUGCUGUGGAGACAGAGUUAUUGACCCUAGAUAUGAAAUCUGUUGUGAUGGGGUGGCACACGACAAUAUGGAUUCAUUGACCGAGUGCUGCGGUAACUCGACCUACAAUGUCAUGACUGAGAUGUGUUGCAGCGACAGAUUACCUUACAAUCCCAACUCACAACUAUGUUGCCAUGGCCACGUCCACUCUUCAGAUAACGGAGCUAAAUGCUGUGGAUCCGAAUCGUAUUUGGCUUCUCAGUCAUCUUGCUGUAAUAACAAUCUGUUCCGGGGAAUUCCCGAGUUACCUAAUGUACAAGCGUGUUGCGGAGACAAGUCCUACUUCAAGACCAACCACAUUUGUUGCCAGGACACCCUCUACGAGAGAGAAGAGAGCGUAGCGUGCUGUGGAGAGGAAACAUACAACUCCUCUAGAGAGUUAUGCUGUGGGUCUAACGACGAGCCAACCGCCAUCUUAGAGAAGUCAUCCCCGUCUGAGGAGUGCUGUGGCCUGUCAACCUACGAUCCAACAAGACAAACGUGCUGCGCCAGUCGGAGCUUUGACGAUAUCGUCGAUGGCGAGUGUUGCGGUACUCGACCAGAUUUUGUUCAGGCCUAUGACCCAUCUCAAGCAACGUGUUGCCAAGGGCUGCUUGAAGAUACAUUGCACCAUGUACCGACUGGUGAAGGUCAAUGCUGUGAUUCAAGCAUCCUAUCGGCAAACGAACUCUGUGAUCCUUUCGGGCAAUAUGCUGUUUUCAAAGCGAUUGAGACUGAUGAUGCAAUAUGCUUCGAUGUCACAUACAACACUGCUACUCAGGUAUGCAUGGAAGAUGGUAGUAUCGAAGUUUUAUCACGGAACCUGGCGGUUUGUGGCAUUGAGAUCUAUGACCCGACAGCGGAGGUGUGUUGCGACGAUUUCAUCAGGGGACGAUUUGAUGAAGAUGGCUAUGAAAGGGAAUGUUGUCCAGGAACCACCAUAUCUUUCAUACCUGCUCUUCAAACGUGCUGUAUGGCAACCGUCCACGAUAUCCCGUCUAUCGAAUCUGGAUGCUGUCGAAACCAUGCUUACAGCACCUUGACGCAUAUGUGUGACCAGAGCGGAACCAUCCGACCUUUAGACGAGGUCGAAGACUACCCAGAGCUCUGCGGGGACAUCCCAUACCAUCCCGAUGAAAACGUUUGCUGUGGUCAACUACUUCUUGGAGCAGGUGAACUCUGUUGCAUGGGCUUCCCUGUACCCUUACCUAUUACAAAUAGUGAUGCAUCCUGCUGUGGGUACAAUCUUUUGACGGACCCUAGCACCCAGAUUUGUUGUGAUGGAUAUCUCCACGAACGAUACGGUGGUCGAGAUGAGUGCGAUGGUUUCACUGCUUUUAACCCGGCUACCGAGACCGUGUGUGAAGGAUGGGUGUUUGCCAUAGCAGACGGGGAAUGCUGUAAUGACCAAGCCUAUGAUGACACCGACCAGAUCUGCUGCAAUGGAGUCAUACAUACCCGAACAAGUGAUAGGACAGAAUGUUGCGGUACCCAGACCUAUGAGUCAGACGACCUUACAAGCAUAUGUUGCAAUGGAUACCUCAGCCAAGGACAAGCUGGACUUCAAUGCUGUGGUGAUUUGACGUACGAUCCUCGCACAGAGAGCUGUUGUAUGAAUGACCUCUUCCCCUUUACCCAGUCCAGAAUGGCAGAACAUGCUAUAUCUUGUUGUGAUGCUGAUACGUACCAGAGCUCCCAACAUACGUGCUGUGGUGGCGUCGAACACAAGUUUGUCGCUGAUGGUGAAUGCUGCGGCAUUGACAUUGUCCGGAACCCAGAAGAGGAGAUCUGCUGCGGAGGCAUGGUCUGGCCAAAGCUCCAGGGACACCAUAUCGAAUGCUGUGGUGGUGAACUGAUCGACACUCGCUACCAGACAUGCUGUAACGGUAUCCCCCUCCUCCAAGGAGACGCCAACGAAUGCUGCGGUGGUAACGUCUUUAAUACCUACAUCGAGACUUGUUGUGGCGGGGAGGUACACAUGCAAAACGAUGACAUUGGAUGCUGCGGUGGAGUGUCUUUUUCCUCUUCAGAACAAGACUGUUGCGGUUCCAAAAUUUUCAAUGUCACAAAAGAGAUGUGCUCUGAUUUUGAUACAAUCACACCACUUGUUACAGAAUUCAUCAUACCUGAUGCAGGAGAAGAGGAGGUUAACAACAAGGCAGAUUUCCGUUUACUGUGUGAUGAACAAGAUUACGACGCGUUGACACAGACCUGCUGUGGAAACUUUGUAUUCGAUCUUCGGGAUGACUUCAUAUGCUGCAAUGGUCGACCUUCGGAUGCGUCCAGUGGCAAGACGUCUUGUUGCGUGGACACUCCGUACAAUCCUACUCGCUUUGACUGCUGUCAAGGAGAGUUGCAUGACAAGGUUAACGGUGCCGAAUGCUGUGGUGCUUCUUAUUACCAACCGUCGAAGGAGACUUGCUGUGACGAUUACACUAUCAGCCCUCGAGGAGAGACAUGUCCAAACGAGUCAUCCGCACAAGACCCUCAAUGCCUCUGCAACUUGAAACACAGGAGUGACCGAAUCUCGUCAGCUUGUACCGACAUACUUCGACCCAAAGAACGCGUUUUCAUCGCGAUCGUUUCAGACAUCGACAACCGAGACAAUUCCAUGUCCUACUCCAUAGAGCAAGUUGAUCCUCUUCGUGGGGCUCUACCGGCCACGCUUGAAGAUAGAGAAGGUACACUCCAGAUGACGAUACCACGUCUUCGUGGAUGCAGUGCUCAAUCUUUCAGACGUGGUCAAAAGAUUGUCGUGUUCCUGGACGCAGAGGGCGGACUGACGGAAUUCUCACUCCAAAUCACAAGAGGAGACGUCAUUAUGCCUUACAACAGGCGGUUAGUCCGGAAACUCGGCAGUAUCUUAGAAUGAAUUCUCAACAUCUAAAUGUUUCACUUAGUUUCUUUAUAAGAAAAUAAUGAAAUAAAACCAGAGAUUGAAAGCAAAAUUGCUGACAGUAUCCGAGGCUGAACAUCCAAUUCUUCGCGUUUAUGAUUUGCUAAUUUGGCCUGGUGCCGAUUGAGGCAAUGCUAAUUUAUACGAAAUAUAUUCGCUAUUCAAUUUAGUCAGUGAGAUAGAUAAAAGUCUUUGUACUUUCAAUCGAAAUUGAUAAUUCUACACCAUCUUCAAUACUUGAUGUACAGCCCAAAUCAUCUAGAAUGAAACUUACAAAUCCAAUUAAAUAUUUGACAGAUUGUACCUGAUUUUUUUUGGGUGUAAAUUGUAGCUAAUAUUUUUGUAAAUUGUAGCUGUAUAUUUUGUUUUACACCUUUCUCGCUUUAAUUUUCGAUCAUGAAAAAUAGUAUAUGAAAGAGGCAGGUAUCUUAUAAUAAGAAGUAUAUAAAUAAUGCAUAGCUUGCUUAACUACGACAUAUGAUAUUCUACCGAUUCAUUCAAUCUAAUUUACAACAGAAUUAGGACACUUUUAUAGAAUGAAAUAAAUGCUGGGAUCAUUAUUGAUGAACUAUAUAUAUUUAUAUAUAUAUAUAUAUAUAUAUAUAUAUAU